ACUAUCGUGUGUAGAAUGCCAAAUACUAUGGCUACCAAAAAGAGCUAUAAACAAGAGAAUCAUAGGUUGGUGUAUGUAUCGGUAUGCGUGUGCCUGUGUACACUGAGAACCCAUCACACACACAACUCAUUGUGUUAGUCCCUCUCUCGUUCUCGUUCUCGUUCUCUUUUGCGUUGUACUGUGUUUCUGUGCACAGCUAUCUAUUGUGUACACAUUCCUCGUGUGCAUUGGUACGUUGACGGUUUUAACCGUCGCUGGCAAGUGUAUUGGAGGAGACUCUUUCCUUCUAUUCUAUCAACACAUACACACGGAUAGAACCGCAUUUGAAUGUGUGUUGGCGUGGAUUCAAUGUGUGAAACAAUCAAUGAUUGUGUUAUUAUUUACGCGCAAGUCGAAUUCAGGUGAAAUGCACGAACUUCACGCCAGUUGCGGUUUUUUUGGCGCUGAUUUAAAAUUUUGAAUGAAAACGAACAGCGUUUUCCAUUGGAUUGCGAUAGAGUUAUUGUAAAAAUAUGAGGGUAAAUGUAUUGAAAUGUAAAAUAUUGCAUAAAAAUAUGUAAUUUACGAUUAAAAAUUGAGAUUCAAGAAACUAAUUUCAAACUAGACAAACAGUCGUCAAUGUGACUCAAUCAAUCAGUAAUCUUACAAUCGCUUGAAGAAUUUAUUGUUAGUCACAAGUCGAUUUUAGAGCUGAUUCGAAUAUUUUGAUUUAAAAUUAUAAAUAGAUAUUUAAUUGGCAUAAAUGAUUUUUAGAAUUAAAAUAUAGAAUGUAGACGCAAAUACGAGAGAUUCACUUCCAGCUAAUUCUCGCCCAUUUCAAAACGAGCUGAUGUGGCUUCAAUUAAAUCUCAUUAAGAUUUGUUUACGCUUGCGUAAAAAAAUGCUUUCAAUUCAAGAUUCAUCUUUCUUAUUCCGUCAUUAAUCCGUAGAUUGGCUCGAUUGUGCAUAAAACACAAUACGAAUCUGUUUUAUUCAGUCAUUCGUUUGUGCACCUCAAUUGAGUUCGGAGACACCAAUUCACAGAUAAUCUCAUCAAAACCACAUACAAUUAUACGGUUUCUUCAAACGUUCGUGCCUGUAUAUCACAUGUUUCAAUUUGUGCCGAAAAAAGUGUGUGGACAAUUGUAUAUAAAUCACUCAGAGAGCGACUGCCAUGAAGAACGGAAUCACAGUACUGUGCUAGCACUUGAAUCAAAUAAUUAAAUUUGUUGCAAGGCAGCAAGAGUUCUGUUGAAUUUUAUCCGAUUUUUUUUCCUAUUUUAAACUUGAACGUUAUUUCAUUAUUUAUUUUGCCGUUGUGAAAUAGAUGGAAUUUCCUUUGGAAUUUUUCAAAAAGUGAAUUGAAUUUUAGUCUGAAUUAGAAAAUAUAUUAUCAGUCAAAAGGCAAGCAAAAUGUUGAAAUCAAAGAAAUUGUUGACAAAUCAAAGUUUUGCCGUGAUCGAAGAUAAAAACACCAAAUUGUAUCCGAAUUGUGAUGUGUCCGUUUGGUUGAGAUCUUGUGAAAAAGAGAUUUUAAAACCAAUUCACGGAAAAGUUCGUGGUGAAAUACCAAAAUGGCUCAAGGGCAGUCUGCUAAGAAAUGGACCAGGUGGUUUGAACAUCGGUAAUAUGCAGUAUCACCAUUUGUUUGAUAGCGCAGCAUUACUUCACAAGUUCGAUAUCAGCGAUGGAAAAGUAACUUAUCAGUGUCGUUUCAUUAAAACCGAUUCGUACAAGAAAAACUUGGCGGCUAAUCGAAUUGUGGUUACAAGCUUUGGGACGAAAACCGUUCCGGAUCCAUGCCAAACCAUUUUUCAACGGAUAUCAAGCGUCUUCACAGAAGAUCCGAUAAAUGAUAAUAGCAACAUUUCGAUUUAUCCAUUUGGUGAUGAGUUUUAUUGUUUCACCGAGUGCCCUAUAAUUCAUCGAAUCGACAUUAAUUCCCUCGAUACGGUUGGAAGCCGUGAUGUGAAACAGUAUAUCGGAGUCGUUAAUCAUACGUCGCAUCCACACAUCACGAGCGAUGGCACUGCAUUCAAUUUGGGAUUGUCAGUAAAAAAUGGUCGAUCGCUAUACAAUAUUAUUAAAUUUCCGUAUGGAACGCAAAUGUUUGAGAAUGCAUCAAUUGUCGCUGAAAUACCAGCUCGUUGGCAAAUGAAUCCGUCGUACAUGCACUCAUUUGCAACAACUGAGAAUUAUUUCAUUAUCAUUGAGCAACCGUUGAGUAUAUCGAUGGUUGAGUCAUUGAAGGCAAAAUAUUUGAGGCGACCUUUGGCUUCGAUAUUCAAAUGGUUCCAAAAUGAAUGCACUUUUUUCCAUGUGAUUUGUCGUCGCACCGGCCAGCGUAAAUUCACUUUCAAGGCAGCGCCAUUCUUUUAUUUGCAUACCAUCAAUGCACAUGAACGUGGCGACUACAUCCUCGUCGAUAUCUGUUGUUAUCGAGAUCCGUCGGUUUUGGACUGCAUGUACGUGGAAGCAAUGGAAAAUAUGCACAGUAUUAAAGAUUAUUCAAAAAUGUUCCGAAGUCGACCAUUGCGUUUUGUGUUGCCUGUUGGCAAACAGCAUCAACGCGAACCACCGACGCCUUCACUUUGGAAUAGUUUGAAGAAAAUCGCAUCUAAAUUCUCCUCAUCGAGUAUUGAACAUUAUUUGAAAAAGAAUCAAAGCACCGGCUGCAUCAUCGAUUCACCCAAAACUGAUUCGAAAUUUUGGCUGAUUUUUGAAACAAAUUAUAACGCUGAGAAUUUGGUGGAAAUGAAGAAAAGUUCAUGCAGAGCUUAUCAUUUGGAAGACUCAUCUAUCUAUUGUGUGCCGGAAAAAUUGGGCAAUUUGGGAUGUGAAACACCUCGCAUAAAUGACGUAAAAUCAGCUGGGAAAAACUAUCGCUUUUUCUACGCCAUCAGCUCAGAUGUAGACGCUAAUAUUCCUGGAACUCUCAUCAAAGUUGAUGCAGACAAUAAAACGAUGCUCACAUGGAAUGAAAAGAACUUAUAUCCAAGUGAACCGAUUUUUGUACCAACACCAAACGCCAAGAACGAAGACGACGGCGUCAUUUUGGCUGCUAUCAUCUGGGGGAAUGGCGACGUAAACAGAGUUGGCAUAUUGGUGUUGUGUGCGAAAACUAUGAAAGAGCUUGGGCGAUGUGAGUUCAAAACGCCCGGACCGACACCUAAGUGCCUUCAUGGAUGGUUUGCUCCGAAAUAAAGUCAAAAAACUGCUCUUGCAUAAAAUGUUAUAAAGAGUUUAAAAUCCUUUUUUCUUCUAAUUUUCACGCUUGAUUUCGUUUAUAGUGCAAGUUAUAUUCUCUGAAAAGAUCAAUUUUGUACAUUAAAAUAAAUAUAUUUGUUCGCCAAAUA